CAACCAUUGAACAGCACGCGACUCCAACUACCAGACAAUGACAGUACCUCAUGUGGCUAGGCGCAUUCUAGCGCCUUCCAACCCAACCAUGCUACCCUUCCUCUACCAAACAAGGACCAUCCUAGGUUACGCCGCGAAUCGAACGAGAAUUUCGAAACAAUUUCAUGUCCAACCUUCGAAACAACUUCUCCAUACGAAACGUUACGAUGACAGGACGGAACGGUCUAAUCCAGCGCAUGAAGUUCCGUUCGAGAAUGAAGGCGACCUGGCUUUCCACCAGCAACGCCACACGACAAUUACCGAUAAGGAACGUAGAGUUUUUGAGAAGCUUUAUGAGGAUUUCUCGUCACAAGCAGGAGCCAGCAUGGGGCUAAGCAUGUUGCCGAGCGAAGAUUCGGAUUCAAGUUAUGAUAGCCUGGAUUCGAUUCUGAAUUCUGCGAUUCGACAGCAAGACACCAGUCUGGAGGAAAGCAGAGCAUUUGCCGCGAACAAGAAACCAGCAGGGUACCGCGCAGAACAGGCACGGAGAGCUGUUGGGAAGCAAUCCCGCUACGGAGCUGCAGUGGACCGGCCAGAAACACCACUCAGAAAAGCGCAAAAGGAGCAAUUUGAUCGUGUGUUCGAUCAGCUGAAGUCUGCAAAGACGGACGUCGAACUGUGGAGUAUCAUGGAAUCAGAGGUUUUCUCAGCCAUCAGACGGCUCAAUCUCGAUGAUACAGAAGAUGUCAAACAAAACAUUAAGGAAGCAACCUCAUCCAAACGGAAAGGACCGUCUGAGAUGGCUAUAAUUGGUCCCAACUAUGCGGCCUUUUGCUUGGUUGCAAUGCGCCAACUGCGUAUUGAGUUUCCAUCGUCGACGCUGGGGUUGGCCUUACUACCAACCAUCAAGAGUCUUGGACGCGGGUCUUUCGCCUUGGGCGCCAGCACCCAAUUGUACAAUGAACUCAUAGCCAUGACAUGGCUUACGUACCUUGACUUCCAGGGCGUCGACGAUCUUCUACAAGAGAUGGAUAACAGCGGUCUAGAUUUCGAUGCCUCUACACUGGACCUGCUUGAAUCCAUAAGGAAGAGCACUUAUAACGCAAUGAAUGGUCACCAGGGUUUUACCACGAGCAUUAUCUUGGAGAUGCAGCGCUUCCAGCAGGGACUGAGAAGAAUCACAAGGUGGAAGAAUGAAACUGUAAGUCGACUGGAGAGGGAAGCCAUUCGGCGUGCAAAGGAGCGCGAAGAAAUGGCCAUCUAGGGGAAUCGAUACAGCUCAGGCUUCAGACUAGAAUGUACAUAUCUACAUAUAUAUACACAUAAAAGUCCAAUG